AUUAAUCAUAUUAUCUUAGGGAAAUUGUUAGGGAUGGCGUUUCAUUUCAGUGCUAAUCAGUACGAAGAUGCAUACAGCAGUAAUAGACUGCAAAAUUACCAAAUAUCUGACAACUUUAGAGAGCGUCCAGUAUCAAGGAGAGGAGCUACAAAGGUAAUAUCCAACGACAGAGGUCACAUUAUGAUCCCUACUCGGAGGUCGUUGGAGUCACCUUGGGGGGACUUCAUGGGCACGUGGGAUCGAAAAAAGAAGAGCACCAGUCUGGGAGCGACAAUGCCGGGCACAGCUGCAAAAACAGAAGCUCCAUUACAGGUUACUGUAGGUGUAGAAGCAGCCCCUCCGUCAGCAA